CGCCCUCUCCUCCCUCUGUCUAGGGCUUUGGAGAGGAGGAAGAGGAAGAUGACGAGCCAGCGCAAUUAGCCUAACAAGGGACAGGAGGCGGCGGCAGCAGCAGGCGCGGUGGCGGUGGCUUUUCCCGGGGCCAUUGACAUGUCUUCUUGCCUCCUUUCCUCUCCCUGCCGGCGGGAAAGGGGGACGCUGCGGAGUUGAGCGGAAAAGUCCGGCAGGAUCUUCUUUUCUCUCUCAUGGCAGCUUCUUGAAGAGUGGGAGGAAUCCGUUUUUCUCCCCUUCCAAGGACCCCAUUGUGGAGACGGGACUUGGCUCGGAUUUGUGUUUUUCCCCUCUUGUUCUUAGGAGGUGGCUAUCUUCUUUUGCUUUUCUUUUGAGAGGUAUUUUUCUUUUUUUCUUUUGGAGAAGGGGGAAGGGAGCGCAUGUGGAAAACUGCUUUUUUUUGGUUUCUUCCUCUCUUUUGUCCCCUCCUGUUUGUUUGGUGCCCCCCCCCUCCCGCCAAUGUGGACUCCCGCGGAUUUACUCUUCCUUUGUAAUUGGGCGAUGAAAUAAUGGCGACCCGUUGGGCAGCGGGACCACCCGGGGGAGAUGAAGACGCUCAGCCAGCCGAAGGCGCCCAGAGCUGCAACCAGGUGUCCAAAAAUAAAGAUGGAAAGGAACAGAGUGAAGCUGUAUCCCCGUCAGAGGAUGAAGAAACAUUCUCUUGGCCUGGCCCCAAAACGGUAGUUUUACGCAGAACGACACAUGGUUUUGGCUUCACCUUAAGGCAUUUCAUUGUUUAUCCCCCAGAGUCUGCUGUUCAGUUUUCCUUUAAGGAUGAAGAGAAUGGAAAUAAAAGUGGGAAACCACGAAACAGAUUGGAGCCCAUGGAUACCAUAUUUGUUAAACAGGUUAAGGAAGGUGGGCCUGCUUUUGAAGCUGGAUUGUGCACAGGUGACCGCAUUAUAAAAGUGAAUGGGGAAAGUGUUAUAGGGAAGACAUAUUCUCAAGUAAUCGCUUUAAUUCAGAACAGUGACAGCGUAUUGGAACUGAGUGUUAUGCCAAAAGAUGAAGACAUCCUUCAGCUGGCGUAUUCCCAAGAUGCCUACCUGAAGGGUAAUGAAGCCUACAGUGGUAAUGCCCGCAAUAUACCUGAACCACCGCCAAUAUGCUAUCCCCGGUUAACAUCUGCAGCUUCUGUCAUGGCACAACCUGUUGAAAAAGCACCUUCCGACUCUUCGCUGGGAAAGCAGCAAACUAGUAGACCUGUACGGACAUCAGCACAACCAGAUAAGGCCUACAGAAUGGAAAUACAAGUGCCUCCAUCCCCCACAGAUAUUGCAAAAUCCAACACAGCUGUCUGUGUUUGCAAUGAGACUGUAAGAACUGUUGUUGUGCCUUCUGAGAAGGCUGUAGAUUUGCCAUCUUGUAGAACAAAUCACACUGGUCCAACACACCGGACAGAAGAAGUCAGAUACGGUUUCAAGGAACAAACCCUAAAAACAAAAGCACGAACCACAUCAGCACCCACAUCAACGUCUACUGCCAUUGUACUUCCACAGACUCCACUUAUAAGGCCAGUAGAUCCCACUGGACUGGCUAACAAAUCUGGAAACUGUGGAGGGCAUUUAGAAGGAAUUUCAAAUGCUAGACCUCCUGCUCAAAUGGCAGGUAUUCCCUCUGUCACUACCAAUCACUAUACUUCUCCAAACGCCCACCAACACAUAGACUGGAAAAACUACAAAACCUACAAAGAAUAUAUUGAUAACAGACGUUUGCACAUGUAUGGUUGCCGAACUAUACAGGAAAGGCUAGAUAGUUUAAGAGCAGCAUCUCAGAACACAACAGAUUAUAAUCAGGUGGUACCGAAUCGCACUGGCUCGCAGGUACGACGACGGAGCACCUCUCAUGAUAGAGUUCCACAGUCUGUUCAUAUUCGGCAAAGGAGUGUGUCCCAGGAAAGACUUGAGGAUCCUGUGUUAAUGAAAGAUUGGCCAAGGAGUGCCUCGCAGGAUGCUCUAACCUCACCAAAUAUCAGCUCCCGAAAUCACAGGACACGGUCUUGGGACUUUUUAGGCAAGCAGGGUGAAACAUUAGAAAACUUCCACUCAGAUAAUCUUGUUGUAGAUUUAAGCAGAGACAGAAAGAAGAGCUACAAAUGGCCUGGAUUUACUGAACCAGAUGACCGCCGAGGUAUUUAUGAAAGAUCUAGGCCUCCUGCAUUUCACAUGUCUCUUCGUGGUUCGCAUUUUUCUGUGGUUCCAGGUGCUUAUAAUUCAGAUAGUAGGAGAAUGGGCGGUAGAGCCAUGGGGCCUGCCUCCCAGUUCCAAAAGGUGCCAUCAGAUGUGAAAACAUUGCAGCCUUCCAGAGACUUGCCAGCUGCUGUUGGGACUUCAAAAUCUACAAGCAUUUUUCAGGAAAGAUCAUCUCACUUAACAGCUAGAAGCACAAGAAGCAGCUCUUUGAAGACUUCUGUACCCUAUGCAGCAAAACCAUCACUUCCCCUUAAUCAGAGUCUAGACAAUGUUACUACCAAAGACCAAAGAGAAGUAAAUCAUAUACAUCACAGUGGUUUGUUAAAUCAGCAAUCAACGAUACAAGCAGAAAGUAUACCAGACCAUAAAAUAGAACUAGACCUGAGCACCCUAUCCCCUACUUCCUGUAUAGCUUCGGCCAAAUUUGUCCCUCAGAUUAGUGAGCACUUAACUACCUCUGUUAAUUUAGAUUUCUCUGUCAAACAGAAGGUUGAGGAUGAAAGUAUAAAAGAGGCUGGGAUUGAGGCAGCAAAUGAUGUAGUUGAGGAUGGAGAAAUGGUUACCUUGCGAGAAAAGUCCCCUUCUGGCCAUCAAACAUCACAGCCUUUACGGCAUCAGUCUUACAUUUUAGCUGUAAAUGAUCAAGAACCUGUCUCUGACACUACUUGUUGGUUACCCAAUGAUGCACGUCGAGAAGUCCAUAUAAAAAGAAUAGAAGAAAGGAAAGGUUCUGGUUCCAGCCCACCAGGUGAUUCCUUGGCAUCCAUUCCAUUCAUAGAUGAGCCAACUAGCCCCAGCAUUGACCACGAGAUUGCCCACAUUCCAGCUUCUGCUGUUAUUUCAGCAUCUUCUUCACGAGCACCCACCAUUGCAACUGUCCCUCCUAGUCCCACAUCUCUUGUCCCUUUAAUUCGACGUCAGCUAUCACAUGACCAUGAAUCUAUCAGGAUAAGUGUUCAGGAUGGCCAGAUUGCCACAAAAAGUGAGAGGUCUAAGUCUUACGAUGAAGGACUGGAUGACUAUAGAGAAGGAAAAGUGUCUAUAAAGCAUGUAGCUAGCUUCAAAGGAAUCAAGGCCCCAGACAGCCAAACAUCUUCAGAAAACUCAGGGUCCAGAAAAGCUUCUUCUGUAGAGGUCUUUGGUGAUGCCACCAAGGAAGGAUGCCUCCAUUUUCGACAGCUAGUCACAGACAAGGGAAAGAGAGUUGGAGGGAGUAUCCGGCCAUGGAAACAGAUGUAUGUGGUUCUUAAAGGCUGUUCCCUGUACUUGUACAAGGAUAAAAAAGAACAAACGAUUCCAUCAGAGGAAGAGCAGCCCAUCAGUAUCAAUGCUUGCUUGAUAGACAUUUCCUACAGCGAAACAAAGAGGAAAAAUGUAUUUCGACUUACCACCUCAGACUGCGAAUACCUGUUUCAGGCUGAAGACAGAGAUGACAUGUUGGCAUGGAUUAAGGCUAUACAAGAGAACAGCAAUUUAAACGAGGAGAACACCGGUGUGACCAGCAGGGACCUAAUCAGUCGAAGAAUAAAAGAAUACAGCACAAUGAUGAGUGCUUCUAGCGGCAAAACAGAGCCAUCCCCCAAAACACCUCGUCAGACCUUAAGCAUCAGGCAGACAUUCCUUGGUGCUAAAACUGAACAAAGGACCCAAAGCCCACAUUCUCCAAAGGAAGAAUCUGAAAGGAAAUUCAUUGCUAAAGAAAAAGAUGAGACAAGCCCACCAAAAGACAAAGGUACAUGGCGAAAAAACAUUCCCAAUAUCGUGAGAAAAACUUUUGAGAAGAAGCCAUCUGCAGCUGGGACCUUUGGUGUCAGACUGGAUGACUGUCCCCCAGCUCAAAGCAAUAAGUAUAUCCCUCUUAUUGUUGAUGUAUGCUGCAAGCUUGUUGAAGAGCGAGGUCUUGAGUAUACAGGUAUUUAUAGGGUUCCUGGAAAUAAUGCUGCCAUCUCGAGCAUGCAAGAAGAGCUCAACAAAGGAGUGACCGACAUCGACAUUCAUGAUGAUAAAUGGCGAGACUUGAAUGUCAUAAGCAGUUUACUGAAAUCGUUCUUCAGGAAACUUCCAGAGCCUCUCUUCACUAAUGACAAAUAUGCAGAUUUCAUAGAUGCUAACAGAAAAGAAGAUCCCGUGGAGCGACUAAAAACACUAAAAAGGCUGAUCCAUGAUUUACCUGAACACCAUUAUGAAACGCUCAAAUUUCUGUCUGCGCAUCUAAAGACUGUAGCAGAAAAUUCAGAGAAGAAUAAGAUGGAACCAAGAAACCUGGCAAUAGUAUUUGGUCCAACUCUUGUGAGAACAUCUGAAGAUAACAUGACGCACAUGGUUACCCAUAUGCCCGAUCAAUACAAAAUCGUAGAAACGCUUAUCCAAAAACAUGACUGGUUUUUCGCAGAAGACGAUGCUGAAGAACCUCUUACAGCAGUUCAGGAGGAAAACACUGUAGAAUCUCAGCCAGUGCCAAACAUAGAUCAUUUACUCACCAACAUUGGAAGGACGGGAGUAUCUCCUGGAGACGUAUCAGAUUCAGCUACUAGUGACUCUGCAAAAUCUAAGGGUUCUUGGGGGUCUGGAAAAGAUCAGUAUAGCAGGGAGCUGCUUAAGACCUCCCUUUUUGCAGCAGCUAGUCGUAAGCGGAAAAAACCAAAAGAGAAACCCCAGCCCAGCAGCUCCGAGGAUGAGUUGGAUAAUGUAUUUUUCAAAACGGAGCCUGCGGAACACCAUCGCUGCGGCUCUGCAAAAGAGGACGUGCCUAAAGAUGAAGCGGAAAAGGAGAUUGCGGGGAGAAAACAGAGAGCAGCGGUUCUGAAAGAGAGUAGUGUUAGAAAAUCUUCUGCGACAAGCAGAGAUGAAAAUGUGUUGCCAAGGAAGGAGAGGACACACUCGGAAGAUCCCUCAUCAACUUACCACCAAAAAUUCAUGAGAUCUCCAAAUCUCAGCUUUCGGCUUAGUACACAAAAAGAUUGCACUAAACCUCCUGUCUUGCAAGCCUCUACUCAGACAGAAGAAACAGUCUCAGACUCGGGCACUAUGCUCAGCACUUCUUCCCAGGCUUCUCUGCAGAGAUACACCUGUAAGAAAUUGGCCCACCCUGAAAAUAAAUGCAGUGAGUUCUUAACAGCUGACGCCAGCUCCAUCACUUCAGAUUACUCGACAACCUCAUCCACUACAUACCUAACUGGAUUAGAUUCCACCAUGCUGAGCCAUGAGGUGCAGUCAGUGACAGAAAGCAAAGGAGAGGAGGCCGAUGAUGAGAGAAGUGAAUUGAUCAGUGAAGGUCGCCCUGUGGAAACAGACAGUGAGAGCGACUUCCCUGUUUUUGCCACUAGUUCAGCCAUGGAGAGGCUGUUUCGGGGGAAGAUGCAAGACAUGGUGAAAAGCAGCCGGAGGAACUCUGAGGAAAGCGAAGUAAGUUGUACUGAGGGAAGCUUGACACCAAAGUUGGACAGCCGCAGACUAUUCAGUUCACACAAACUUAUUGAAUGUGAUACGUUAUCUAGGAAAAAGUCAACCAGACACAAGACGGACAGUGAAGGUUCUGGAGAUGCCAAGUGUGAGAAGGAGCAGCCAUCAGUGACCAAAAUGUUUGACAUCAUGAAGAAAGGAAAAUCAACGAGCAGCUUAGCAACAUCGGCCAAAAGUGAGCCUGAAAAACAGGAGCCUACAUGGAGACUGAAGAUUACUGACAGACUAAAACUGAGGCUCAAGGCUUCUGCAGAUGAUAUGUUUGGAGUGGGCAAUCAGAAAUCAAACUCUGCAGAUACAACUAAGAGAAAGAACAUCAGGAGAAGGCAUACAUUAGGAGGCCAGAGAGAUUUUGCGGAAAUAAGCGUUUUGAAUACAUGGAAAGUGCAAGAGAAAAAUCCGAACAGGGAGAGAGACUUUUCAGCAGUAAACCGGCUGAAGCCCAAAUGCCCAGCUCAGGACCUCUCCAUUUCGGACUGGCUUGCACGAGAACGUUUACGCACGAGCACAACUGACCUUGAUACGGGUGAAAGUGGAGAGCCCCAACUGGAGAACACUAGAAUAGCAGAUUCGUCAAAGAUAGAGCUCUCUUUGCCUGCAGAGAUGCUGGCAGAGGACAGCAGUAGUUCUGGUAGUUUAACUCUAGUUCCUAGAACGCCAGGACCACCGCAGCCACCGGAUCACAUAAACGGAGAAAGCUACCAGAAUAUGAACAAAAGUAGCUUCAGUCCAGCAGUUGAUGCCCAUCCUCAUAAACUAUCUGGGACCCAGGUGGUCAGAUCUCGAUUUUACCAAUAUCUUUAAAAUGGAGCAGUAAAUGUCCACUUCAGCAAUUCAAUAGCGGCCUCACUGUUAACGUGUCCCCAAUUGUUCUGUAUACAUUUCUUUUCUGUACUGUUAUUUUGCAGUUGAUGUGGUUGAUUUCAUCAUUAUGCACUGUGGAAGGGUCUUUACAGAGCAUUAAUACUGCAGAACAUUUGGGGGUGGGGAGGGGGAGAGAGAGAGAGUUUAAAAUAUAUAUAUAAAUAAAUCUAUAUAUAUAUAUAUAUAUAAAUAAAUAUAUUUUAAAUAAAAGUAUAUUUGAUUGCUGCAUACAAAUGUUGAACAAAGCAUCUAAUGCAAAAUGCUGUGUAAUGUGUACAUGGUUUUUAUGACUGACAAUUGACAUUAGUAUGCAGAAAAAAAUGUUCUUUGGGUUUUAGUCACUAACAAGUGCCUCAUCGGGGGAAAAGUUCAUUUGGUUUGUUAGGGUGCCAUAAUAACUGUUAAAUUAGGUGAUGUUAAUAUAAUCAAAUGAAUGCAUUUGACUGGUAAGUCGUUUCAUGACAUGUUACAAAUUUUAGCACAGGUGGGUACAGAGCUUCCAUUCCUUAGGCAUUCCAGUUGGAUUUCUGAGUUUUAUAUUCCAAUUUUAAUACAGUUUUUUGAGUUUUAUGUGACUUGAAUUUUUAAUCUUUCUGUAAAAUAAGUAACUUAAAUGUACAUACUCCAUGUGUAUCUUUUCCUGAUACCAGAUUUGAUAUAAAUGUUGUAACAUAGACGUGUAGAUAGUGGAUCCUGGAUGGAACUGGUUUCUUUUAUUGAGAAUAUAAUUCUGCAUGAAUACUUUAAUGACUCCAAACCUGUAUCAUGCCUGUGUGCAUACCCACUUAAAACACUGGAAAUAAAAUUGUUUUGGUGA